AUGGAAGGGGGUAAUAAUAAAGGUAUAGAAAGGAAAGAAAAGGAAGUGAACAAUCAAGAGGUGAGUAAACAGAAAACAAAUGCAGUUAUUCCAACAAACAACAAGUUCAAUACUCUAGUGGACUUGGAGGAAAAUGAACAUAAUAGUGAGGAUGGUAAGGAGUACAAAAAGCAACAGGAAGCAAAAGCAAUUAGGGAAUCAGCAAAGACAUGGUUGGAAUCAUCUUUUGGAAAACAAGGAGGAAGUACUAGUGCCUUUAAACAACUAAGUGAUCAACAAACAAGUAUUGAGAAGGAACAGGAGCAAUGUAAGUCACAACACAAAGUCACUGAAAGGCAUAAGGGCAAUCAAAUGGAAGAGGAAACAAAAUCACAAGAUACAGAGAGAACCAUAAGUGAUGUACGAGAGGGUGUUAAUGAGGAGAGCAAAAAGAGGAGGAUAAGUCAAGAAUCAGCAGUGCAAGAGAUAGAGAAACUAAUAGAAAUUACUGAAACUGAGCAGCAAACAACAACAGAUCAACAAGUGGAAAAAGAAAAACCACCAGAUGAUGCACUGGACAAGUCCAAUGAAAUAGCCAAUGAAGUAAAAGAUACAGAGUCAUCUACACACAACCACAACAAUGAGAGAAGGUCAGAAAAUGAAGAUCAUGGAGACAACAAAAUGGGUGCAGAAGAACAAACAGAGCAACAAAAGAAGGAUAUUAUUAAAGAUGGGGAAUUUGGGGAAAAUACAGAUUCUAUAUCCUCAAAUGUGCCUGAAAAUAAGACCAAUGAUGAAGAAAGAACUGAUGAUAUAGGAGAUGAUGAUGAAGUGGAAAACAAUAGUAUCCCAAUCAGUCUAUCAGAGCAUAAUGCAGGGGAUGUUUCACCAAAACAGAUAACCAAAACAAAGAAAGAAGGGAGACAUCAUAAGCAAAACAGAGUUAAAAGUGUGCCACCUAAGGCAAUAGGAGGCGUACUUACAAGGAAAGCAUAUGCCAAAGGAAGUCUAUAA